AUGGCACCCUUUUCUUUUACAAAACUUUCACUAUUAGCUUUUGUACUUUACAUGUGGCAACAUCCCAACUAUCACCAGGAUGAUUUUUCAAGACAGCAUGUAAAUGCGUCCCUACAACUGUGUAAAAGUGUUGGUAGAAAUUUAGCUAACACGGAAACAGAAGAAGCAACUCCGCCAGGAAAAAAUGAAUCACUUAAAACAUUAUUUGGAAAAAAGGGGAAAAAGGAAGAAGAAAAGAAAGAAGAAGUAAAAGAAGAAAAGAAAGAAGAAGUAAAAGAAGAAAAGAAAGAAGAAGUAAAAGAAGAAAAGAAAGAAGAAGUAAAAGAAGAAGUAAAAGAAGAAAAGAAAGAAGAAGUAAAAGAAGAAAAGAAAGAAGAAGUAAAAGAAGAAAAGAAAGAAGAAGUAAAAGAAGAAGUAAAAGAAGAAGUAAAAGAAGAAGUAAAAGAAGAAGUAAAAGAAGAAGUAAAAGAAGAAAAGAAAGAAGAAAAGAAAGAAGAAAAGAAAGAAGAAGUAAAAGAAGAAAAAAAAGAAGAAAAGAAAGAAGAAGUAAAAGAAGAAAAAAAAGAAGAAAAGAAAGAAGAAAAAAAAGAAGAAAAAAAAGAAGAAAAGAAAGAAGAAAAGAAAGAAGAAAAAAAAGAAGAAAAGAAAGAAGAAAAGAAAGAAGAAAAGAAAGAAGAAAAGAAAGAAGAAAAGAAAAAAACAAAUAGAACAUUAUUUGGAAAAAAGGGCAAAAAAGAAGAAGUGAAGGAAGGAACUAAAGAGGGAUCUGACGCGGGUAAUGGAGCCCAGAAUACUGAGGGGGAUAAGGAGGAUUCCGAUGGGACUUCCAGUGAAGACGCCAAAAAGCGAAAACCAACAUGGAAUGAUCUUUCAGUUGAGGAAAUGCGCAAACAGCUGGCACAAGAGGAAACCCGUAACCAUAAGAAAAAACUUACUCCUGAACAAAAGGAAGCGUUGGACAAGAAAUAUGAGUACCUUUUGAAAAAGUUAUUAGAUGGGGAGGCUGGGAAGGGAAGGAAUACCUUAAGGGGCGCUCAGAAACCAGCACAACAGAAAGUCCAAGAGAAAAAAGAUUCUAACGAAAAAGGUGCUCAGAAACCAGGACAACAAAAAGUCCAAGAGAAAAAAGAUUCUAACGAAAAAGGUGCUCAGAAACCAGGACAACAAAAAGUCCAAGAGAAAAAAGAUUCUAACGAAAAAGGUGCUCAGAAACCAGGACAACAAAAAGUCCAAGAGAAAAAAGAUUCUAACGAAAAAGGUGCUCAAAAACCAGCACAACAAAAAGUCCAAGGGAAAAAAGAUUCUAAUGAAAAAGGUGCUCAAAAACCAGCACAACAAAAAGUCCAAGAGAAAAAAGAUUCUAACGAAAAAGGUGCUCAAAAACCAGCACAACAAAAAGUCCAAGAGAAAAAAGAUUCUAAUGAAAAAGGUGCUCAGAAACCAGCACAACAAAAAGUCCAGGGGAAAAAAGACUAG